UGACAUUGAUCUCUUGUGACAAUGAUGCAAACAUCAAAGAGACAGAGAAACCAACAAGGACAACACCGCCGUUGGUCAUAACCCAAAAUUCUUAACACGUUUUGAUCCAAAUUCACGUUGUAAUCUAAUCCAUCAUUGGUCCCCUUUUUGUCUUUUGUCGGUUUAUUCAUUACCCAUCUCUAUAAACCAACACCAUUCCCUUCCUAUUCACCUCCUUUUGUCCCCAUUACAUACCACUGACACCUGGGUCACCAAGAAAAUCCCUUUUUUUCCCUCACAUUACCGCUUCAUUUUCCGGGAAAAUUUUCGAGUUUUGUCCCAAAUUUUCUGGGUUGGCUCUGUUUUUCUUGGAAAUCUUGGAAAAAUGGGCGCAUGUUGUAGUAGGGAUGAGAGGUUUAAUGGGUUCAUAGUGGAAGAGGGGCACAAGAAGAGAGAAAUUGUGGCUGAAAGGGAUGAUAAUCAUAAUAUACCAAAUAAAGAUUGUAUUGAUGAUGAUGAUCAUAUACCAAAUGCAGAUUGCAUCGGGGGACGUGUGAGAUUAGAAGGGUCAUCUAAGCUUGUAUCAAUGUUUUCCCAACAAGGGAGAAAAGGGGUUAAUCAAGAUUCCAUGACUGUUUGGGAGAACUUCAAUGGUGAAAAAGAUGCCUACUUCUGCGCCGUGUUCGAUGGGCAUGGUCCAUCUGGUCACAAAGUGUCACAACAAGUACGCGACACAUUACCGUCAAAGCUAUGCUCAUACUUCAAGCACUCACAAAUUAAUGGCAACAAUGAUGUUGAUGAUGAGAAAAACAACAACAACAAAGAAGAAGAAGAAGAAGAAGAAGAAGAAGAAGAAGUUUCUAAAAAUCCAUUUUUCUCUUCAUGGAAGAAGACUUUAAUCAAAUCAUUUGCGGAGAUGGAUGAAGAUCUCUGUCACAAUGUUACUAUUGAUACAUACUGCAGUGGCUCAACAUCAGUAGCAGUACUCAGACAGGGCGAACACUUGGUGAUUGCAAAUUUGGGGGAUUCUCGCGCAGUUCUUUGUACGAGAGGCAAGAAAGAUCAACUUGUUUCUGUCCAACUCACAGUCGAUUUGAAACCGAAUCUUCCAAAUGAAGCGGAGAGAAUUAAGAAUAGUGAGGGAAGAGUUUUUGCAUUGGAGGAAGAACCAGCAGUGUUUCGGGUAUGGAUGCCUGAGCGAGAUUGCCCUGGGCUAGCAAUGGCAAGGGCUUUUGGAGAUUUUUGCUUAAAAGAUUUUGGACUAAUCUCAACCCCUGAAGUUUUUUAUAGGAAGCUUACAGACCAAGAUGAAUUUGUGGUUUUAGCAACUGAUGGGAUAUGGGAUGUGCUGUCAAAUAAUGAAGUAGUAAAAAUUGUUACUUCGGCAAAAAAGCGUUCCCUGGCGGCUAGACUCUUGGUAGACCGAGCCGUUCGAGCAUGGAGGCAUCAGUAUCCAACUUCCAAGGUCGACGAUUGUGCAGUCAUAUGCUUGUUUCUCAAAAACCGACCGCUCUUAACCAAAUCUGUGUCAGAAGCAAGCCGGUUCAGUAAGAAUUAUUCAGAUUUUGAACUUCCUCCUUACUCCAAAAAGGUAAAGAAUGAUGACGGGCUCGACACUGUAAUAAACUGCGAACUCCCACGAGGCGAUUCUGUAAUGAUGCUUUCUCGGUCGGUGAGUCAGCACGGUCUUAGCCGCCGGAGACGAGUGCAUGAUGUCAAAUAGAAGAAAAUGUGUUAAAUGAACUGUAAAUUCACUGAAACCCUAGGGGGUGUUUUGCCAAACUGAUUGGCAUUUGUAAAUUGUAACUAUUUUUACAUUCUUCAUGGAGAGAUUUGAAGAUGCCAAACUUGUAAAAAGAGUGAAAAGAAAAGCUAGUAUUGACAUUAGUACAAUGGAAGAAAGUACUUUCAUCUUUGGAUCAGAGUUU